AUGUCCUCUAUAUCAAACCGUGCAAAGUCCAUGCGGCAAUAUUUCAACCGCGAGGCAAAAUAUCUAGGUAAACAAAAGGCGAAUCCUUUCCACAAGACCAAGAAUCCACAGGUUAGUUGCUUCAAAUGUAUCCAUGGAAAGUUUGAUUUAAACCUGAGUCAAAUGUAUUACGAAAAUUUUCGUUUCUAAUAAGGCCACAAAGAAAAAUAUUUUUGGAAUGGUAUGACAGAAGAUGCUUUACUAUAUGCAUUUUGAAAUCACUGAUGAUCCUUGCAAUUUGAUUGGCUCUCAGUGAUGCGAUUAAAUCACUAACCGCCCCUCUUUAUGCUCUAAAUCGCAUCUUUUUCCCAGGCCAUGAGACAGUUCUACGCAAUCAAUCAAAUCCCAAGAAAACGAGCGAUAGCUCUUGCAACUUUUUACAAACCAGCUUAAUAUAUAUACAGGAUCAAUAUAAUAUUUUUACAGACUAAUAGACUUGCAACUGAAUUUUGCAAUUCCUAAAUAGAUGUAAUUUAGUGGUAAUUGAACUUUUUGUUAUGCUAUUUUGUUGUAUGCAUGAUUUCAAGAUCAAACGAGUAUGCAGUGGGAGUAAUCAUGCUUAUGAUUUAAGGCCAAAUAUUUGCACUUUACUCAGUUCAAUAACCAUUAUUUCUGAGCCUUACCCAUACUGAUAUAUCCCAAAUUACACUCAAAAUUAUGUGAUUACAUAUACAAAUUGCACUCUACUCAGUUCAAUUACCAUCAUAUUGGAUGCUAAAAUCAUACGUGGUGUGGAGGGUUGGAUCAAGGUGCUUGGUGACAUUUUUUGAGCAGAGGUAGUAUCUGAAAUCUGUUGGUUCUUUUGCUUAAGAAUUACAUUGUUACCAGCUGAUGGGAUUCCUGAAUUAAAGCAUAAAUCAGUGCUAUUUAUGUGUGAAUAACCCUGCUGAGAGCCAACUAAGGAUCACGAGUAGAUUCAAAGUGGAUGUAAUGAAUAAUUUUGAAAUCAAAACUACUGAGGUUUUUAAGAUCCCCAUUAUAACUCAGAUGUAGAAUAUUGAUAGAUAUAAAUGUUUGCUGUAAAUUUUUUUUCCUUCAGGGAAUCAUCAACAUGGGUACAAGUGAAAACACAAUGACAUAUGAUUUGCUGAAAGCUAAGGUAUAUUGGGUGUGAAUUUAUCAACCUGCCAACUCUCAUGCCUUAAGGUUGGGUUUCACUCAUGAUGGGGUCCGAGACAGAGUCAGAGUUGUAAUCAGGAGCACAGAGCAAUGUGAUCCAGUGAAAAUCAAACUGACAGUAUAGAAAGAAAAAUGUUGAUGCUGCUUAUGACUCUGUUGGUUAUGAUUCAGUGAGAACUUGGUUGUUGUAGUCCUAAGCUUAAGACUGGGAGGGCCUGAGAACUGGUAUUGUAAUUGGUUGGUUCUCCAACUUCUGUUUGCGACUCCAACAAUCUAGUGUUCACUGGAAUUUUAAGUGUUGGAGGCAUAAAUGGAAUCAGAAUUCAAUUCUUCACACUCUCUUCCUUACAUUUCUGAUAAUGUGCAGCCAAUUUCAUGCUAACAUAAGAGUAGAAAGCCCUAUUUUUAUGACCAGCAAUUCAUAGAAGCAUGCAGUGCAUCUUGAGAUCAAGAGCACCCAAAACAUGUUUGUCCAAGUUUUUUGAUCUUCAGAAUUGCUUACAACCUUGAAAGAAAAAGAAAGUUAAUAGAUUUACUUAGGUACUUAGAACCUCUUUUAAAAACUUCAGAUAUGAUAGAGUUCUCUUCAAAAUUGCUCGCCAUCUGAGGACAAAAAUCUCAUUUCUUUGACCACAAUAGAGUCAGCUGGUCCAUUUGCUUAUAUGAAGUGAAUUCCACAGACUUCCUACUACCUUCAAUUCUGAUGAAUAAGUUUGGACUGUUACCAAAAUCAAAUUUCUUUUUUUCAGUUUGAUGAAAAAGAGUCUCGCACUCUGCUUCCAGAGCAUGCACAAUAUAUUUGUGGAGAAGGUUUAGAGAGGUAAAGAUUGAUUAAAAUUAUAAAGUUGUUUGAGUUUGAGUGCUCUUAUUAGUAUUUUUUUCUUCUGUUAAUCUGUAAGUAAAAGUUGAAAUUUAUUUCUAGGUUGUCGUCAUUUUAAGUUACCUAGAAUUAAAUUAAAAAGAAUUUUAUGCAGAGAUGUAUAAUAAGAUUAUUUAACAAUUAUUCCAUGAGUGCGCAUUGGAUAUGAGAUGGUAAAUGAAUGGAAGUGGAUGCAACAAGUGCAAAUUGAAUAGAUGUUUUUAUUAAUUUUCAUUACAUCUUGAAUGUUUGGAUGUUUGGAGCUCUUUUUUUUUUUCAGCUGCACAACAAUUGACAUAAUGCAUUUCUGAUAACUGAAGUUGAGUGAACCAAUCACAACACUAGAAAUGCAAUAUUCAGAGUUGAAUACUUAAAAAUUUCUUCUUAUCUGAUAGUUACGUUACUUACUUAUUAUCAAAUAGUGUGACUUCUAUCAGGUUUCAAAUGUCAACCCUACAUGACUACAAUUCAGCCUUACAUAUGUUAUCUCUCUUUUCCCUUUUUUACCAGUUUUAGAGAAGCAAUCGCAGAUUUUCUCAAUGACCAUAUGAAGCCUGUGGAGCCUAUUCUUCCAGAAAAUGUAUGUAAAAUCAUGGAUAGAUAUAAGACUGAAAUUGCUAGUACCAUCAUUAAUAGUGAGCAUAAAUUUUCCUGUUGGGAAUAGAGUAAAUCCACCACAAUCAUACACAAGCAUGAAAAUUUUUCUCGAUCCUCGAAGUGACUACUGCUUUACUUACAGUGCUUGCUCACAUCCCACUGGUUUACUAAUAGUGCCUGCUCACAUACUGCUUUUACCAAUCAUCUUGUGAGGUUUACAUGUAAGGAUUUAAUCUUUAAUUCCCAAGAUCUGACUGUUUAUUCUCCCCUCUACCUGCUACACAUUUCCUUGCUAAUAAAUCACAAGAAUUAGGUGUCAGAUCAAUACUACUAACUUCUACCUAAUAAGUUUGAGUAUUCUCAUAACAUGUUGGCUGGAUAAUGUAUGGAUGUUAUAGAGAGAAGUUACAUGUUAAUCACCAAUGGGAGUUAAAGGGUUAUUAAAGGAAUGUGCUCAAUUAAGUUUGCUCACAUCUGAAUUUUGUUGAACCAGUUGGCCUUCGGAGAUAUGUAAAACUUUGUAAUGUUGUUUUUGUUUUCAGUUGAUUGUUUCUAAUGGAUGUACACCACUAGUUGAUACUCUGGCCUUUUCACUUGCUGAUGAAGGAGGUAUUUCAAUUUGUAUGUAUUAUUAUAUUUUAAGUACAGGCAACAGUAACAAUAGCAAACUUUACUUUUACUCUUUAUAAUAUACUCUUUCUCGCUCAUCCUAUCUGUAGUUACAAAAACUGUAAUACAGUAAAUGGUUUGAACCCAGGGUACAUGGAAUAAUGUGGUCUGAUUGUCUGCUGGGGUGAGUGUAGUCCUGAGAAAGACUGUUGUUGUGGUGACUGAUGUUUUGACAACCUGACUGGAAGUCAUCAUGAGAGUCAAGUGAAUAGUUGUUGUCAGUUGAAUGUCAACAAUGACUGACAAGAACUCAUUCAACUAACAACUGACAACAACUCACUUGACUUUGUUAAUGACUUCUGCUCAAAUGUUAAAAUUUCAGUCACCACUACCAACAACAGUCCUUCUCAGUACUACACUCACCUGGACAAUCAAACUACACUAUUACAAAAACUGUAAUAAUAAAAUUAAGGCCAAUCUUCCUGGAAUAAUUACAGUGUGUAGGAGAUCCAGGUAACCUAUGUGUACACUAAACGAUGCAUGGGAUAUGAAUGCAUAAGAUAUCAGUUGCACUUGGAUUGCAUAGUAGUAGUCCACAGAUUUUCACACCCUGUUAGGAAGAUCAGAAAAAUAAUUUGUGAAUAUAGACAGCUUGUUAAAAAAAUGAGGAGCAAUCUGCAUCGCUUUCACUUGGUAGGAUUUGUAACAAAGAACUAAAUUUCUUUAAGUGAUGUUUAAUUUUGAAAGUGUGACAGAAGCUACUCAGUCAAUCCUCACUUGUUUCUAGAGCUCAGUUUCUCUGUAGUUGCUGAUUGUGAACCAGUCAUGGUGAAAUUUGAAAAAUAAUGCAUUAUUUUUCUGUAUUUGCACUGUGAUCCAACAGAGGGUUUGCUGAUCCCGUCUCCAUUUUAUGGAUCAUUUCUCCUGGAUUUGCAGUCAAGAUCAAGAGUGAUACCUUUUCCAGUUGAACUUUCUAGUAAGGUUGGUGUCCUAACAUAUCAACUGGGUUUCUUGCAAGUUGACUUGGUGCUGUAGUUAGCAAAAACUUCUUAAUUACUACUGACAGUACUUUCUCAAUGACAGUAUUGAUCUCUGGAAUCAAGGCAGGAACUGUACGAUGACUUCUUUUAUUUUAUGUCUUAGAUUGGUCCAGGAGAGACACAGCCGUUUGAACUUACUGUAGCAAGACUAGAAUCUGCUUUAAAGAAAGCAUCAGAGCAGGUACUCCUUAACUGAGAAGUUGUAGUUAAUCACAUAUGCAUAAAAGUAGAGUUGGAGAAAUUUUUCACAAGAAAUCACUUUUGAUGCAGCGGGUCGGAAGUUAGUAUUUAGCAGGUCAAAAUCUAAAAUACUUUGGCUUUGCUCUUAGAGUUUUUCAGUGCUUGGAUUCUCCAAGAUGCCAAUUCAUGAACAACGAAUCAAAAGAGCAAAUUUCAAUCUGAGUUGAAAGCGAUGCAGAUUGCUCCUCAUUUUUUUAACAACAAGCUGUCUAUACUCACAAAUUAUUUUGCUGAUCUUCCUAACAGGGUGUGAAAAUCCGUGGACUACUACUAUGCAACCCAAACAACCCCCUGGGCAAUAUCUACUCCGAAGAACUCUUACAAGAAUGUCUGAAUUUUGCUUCCAGGUGAGGAAAGACGUGGUUUACUCGCGCUUACUGCUAAAAGACACUGUAACAGCCAACCAGUUAUUUUUUAGAGAUUUAUUAAUUACUGUAGCAAAUCACAGAAAAGCUGGUGUUUUGCUCAUCGUUGGGGCAGAGUAGGAGACUCUGCUUUGCGAGCGUAUAAAUGAAGUAUAGAUGUAUAUUGCUGGGCUUAGUCAGUACCUGAACAACUGCGCACCUACUCCUCCCCUGACCCAACAACAGUCAGCUGAUGACAAGGUUGCGUUAAUGUUAGGUUAGGGGAGGGGUAACUGCGUAGUUGCGUAGGUAUUAACGCUAAUUCACUUAAAUUCACUCAAGAACUGAAUAGGAUAUUGCGUAUUGCGAAGAUCACAAAAAGGAAACGAAGACAGUUGCGAGUGGAAUCACAACGAUCAUUAAAAUGGGAAUCUUAGGGUUAGAUCCUUGAUUCGAACAAACUAUCUCUAAUUUAUUAGGAAAAUGCAACCGAUGUUAAAAAAUUCCUUAGAUUUCCUUCUUCGUUGGAGUAUGAAAGCUUACUUGUGAUUUCUUUACUGUUUUAGACAUUCUCUACAUGUCAUCGUAGACGAGAUAUACAUGAUGUGCGGAUACAGAGAAGGUUGUUCUGUGACAAAUGUGAUGAGUUUAAAAAAGUGAGUCACUUGUUCAGGGUUUUUCUCUUGAGACAAUAUUUUUCGCUGCCGGUGGCUUUCAUCGGUGUCUUUGCUAAGAAUUUACAUGAUUUGGCUGCAUCCCCAAACACGAUUUUCGGUAUGUUAACUUUCUCCUCUCUCUUUUCGGGGCCAUUGUGUUGAAUUCUUGUUCGAGGCACUUUACUUUCACAACGCUUCUCUCUCACCAAACCGUAGUAUCAAAAUGUUAGGAAACGGAGCAUUGUUGGGGACUGGUUAGGGAAACUUAGGAUUAGCUAGUCUGGAAGCAAUAAGGUCUUAGGCUUGUGGUUUCCGGUUGAGGAGACAAUCAAGUGAGCGUUUUUUUUUUUUUUUGUAUUGAUAUGGAUCAUUCUUUAAUGGAGUGUCGAAAGUAAUGCGGGAUUGCAUUGGUUUUACUUUACUUUGCUCUGUGAUUGGAAAACUCGCGUCAUCCUCACAACUAAUAAAAUGCAAACUGAAAACCAUCGCAACUCGGUCAUUUGCGUUUUCGCGCGCUUCUAGCAGUUUGCUUGUUUUCACCCCGAGUUCUCGUUGGCUAAUGUUUGUGUAAAAGUUUUUUCUGAAUGGUCAUUGGGAUUACUUGUAUUUGGUUUUAUGGCGCUCAAUUGAAAAUUGCACUGAGUUUAAGGGUAAAUAACCGACCACGAGUGUCUGUUCUUUCCUUUCAGCAUUCCAGACAAGGAGAUGGUCCACGUCCUGUGGGGCUUUAGUAAGGUAGUGUGAAUUGAUUGGCGAAUUCGUAUGUAAUGCUUCAGCGAAUAGAGAGUGCUCAGUAAAGCUACAAAUGUUGAAGGGAUAUUUGAAAGUUUUCUAACAGGCUACAUGUAACGGGUUGUUUUGAACCUCAAACACUGGACAAGAAACAGAAACAUCCAAAAGGGAACAGAAAAAAAUAUUUUUGUGAAAUGACUGAAUGAGUGACUUACUUGGGAUCGUUUGAGAGGGAAUAGAACUGAAAACCCAUUUGUGUUUGAUAUCGUUUGAUAUUGUAAUGGCUCCAGAGCAUGCGCUGCGUGUAACCGGUUUCAAGCGCGGGAAAACAAGUAGCAAGUGCUAGGCACGGAAAAUUGCGAAUUUGGUGUCUAGCGCGGGAAAAGCAUGUAAGCCGUAAAAAGCGCGGAAAUAACUAAGUGUUUGGUUAUAACUUGAAACCAGUUUCAAGCGCGGGAAAAAUGGGAAGCAGUAUGAGAGUGCAAGAAUAAUGUAAACUGGUUCUGAGGAAAGACCUCUAUGCAUGUUCAUCGGUAUCUUUCGCACGCACCUACAUUCGCCCCCACUGAUUUGACUGUUAUAAAUUUGUAGGAUUUUGGAAUAUCUGGAUUUCGCUGCGGUGUUCUUCACACGUUAAACAAAGAACUUUUCAGACUCAUAAGUUCAGGAUAUCAAAUAUUCCAUCAUAUACCAGCCCAAACACAGGCAAGUUAUGGUUACUGAAUCAAUUCUCUGUUAUUUGGAAUGACGAGUAAAGACACUAUCUUGAUUUAAGUGAUAUAUUAGUUCGCCAAAAAUACCAUGAAUUUACCUGAAAAUACCAACUUAUAAAGAUGGGACAACACUAGUAAGGUGGAGAUAAACUUUGAUGUGGAUAGAUGGUUCAGACUACUAUGAGUAACAAAAGUUGUUAGCACAGAUCCCCUUUAGUUUGUAGGUGGAUGACAACCCUCUACUUGACAUCAUAAACAGAAGUCUUGUAAUUCGUCGCCAAUCAUUUUCUUGGAAAUUCCCCCUUAUCCCUUAACAAUGUUGCAAGGAACUAAUGAGCACUUUGUUUACAAAGGGCAACAUUGAAAUGGGAGAAGGGAAGAUAGAUGAAAGUUUUAGGGAAAAGGACGCCGGGACUUUUUCCACUCAUUGUAACUUAUACAACAACAAACUUGAACUUUGUAUAAAACUUGCCGUUCGCUAGAGGAGAUAACCUUUUGAUAAUAUUCGCUCCAACGUUUUUUUAAGUUCAACCAAAGGCAAGGUUCUUGUGUCUUUUUCCUCUUUUAUGAUUAUCUACGUUUUAAGCUGUUACAGUUUUGACCAUUUGCUCAGUAGAGCCUUGGGCGAGUGUCGUAAAACCAAAAUCAAACUAUCAGAACAGCCAACCAGAACAUAUCUCAGUACCUCGCUUUCCACUAAUGCUAUGAUGUAACCUUUCCCUUAGGUUCUCCUUACAAAUCUCAUCAAGGAUAAAGGUUAGUACGUUGCUAUUUGAUUGGGCAGGGGUGGGGAUUUUUUUCGAGUUUAUGACGAACGUAUAAUAACAACAGUCCUACCCAAACCGUUUAAGGUUUGACGUUUUUUACAUGUCAUGCUCGCAGCCUCAUGCUUGGUAUAAGAAUUGUGCAUGCACAGCACUUUAAAUUAUGUCAAAGGAAACGAAAGAGGGAAAUUGGUGUAUUUCUUUCCGAAGUAAAACAUGACAAGAGAGCAAAAAUACUAAUUUUUUUUAUUCGUAUGGUUUACAGAGUGGUUAGAUAAAACGUUUUUCCCAACAAAUAAACAACGGCUUCGAAAUGCUUACGAGAUGGCUUGUGAUGCCCUUGAAGAAGUUGGUAUUCCGUUCCUCCCCGGAGAAUGUGGACUGUUUAUAUGGGUCGACUUUAGGGAGGUAUACACAUUGACUAAUACAAUUUAUUAAAUGCACCGUGUGAUUUAUUUAAAAAUAGGCCAUUUACAGUUGUGUUCUUAGUUGCCAAGCCUUUGAUUUGGAGUGUGGCUGAAGGUGAUCAUGUUGUGAUAGAGACCAGUUUCUCGUUAGUAUGAUGAAAAAAUAAUUUACAUACGAAAAGCAGCGACGUUUGUAUCAUAACAAGGUCAACCUUAGCCUCACUCCUGUUCAAAGGCUUGGCAACCAAGCACGCAACUGUAAAAUGGACUGUUGGUUCAUGCAGAGCGUGGAUGCCCGCUGGAAGUUUGGAGAGAAGGAAUACUUAUUAUUGUACUGUCUCUUUAUCUUUUAGCUACUUCCAACAUCAUCUUUUGAAGAUGAAAUGCACUUGUUAGACUGCAUGAUAACACAUGGUGUAUUCAUCUUUCCUGGGUCAUAUUUUCGUUGUCCAGAACCCGGUUGGUUUAGAAUAAUAUUCGCCAUGGAGACGGAUAUUCUUCAACUAGGUGAGCUUGUUGUAAGUGACUAUUUGUCGCCUGGAUGAGGAGAGACAAGACAGGAAAUAACAAUAUAAAAAGCUAUGUCGCUUUUGUGUGUAUUCUAAUAUACAUUAAUUGGAAUAGUUAUUCAGUGAAUCUAAGGGAAGAGAGAGUGACGGUUUUCUAAACGAACCAAAGCAGCUCUCCCGAGAAGUAUCUAGCACAUUGCACUAAUGGAGUCUGAUUUCAUUUUCUCGUAGAGUUUUCUUUUUUGCACCCACAUUAGCACACCCCGCUGUGUCCCAGUUUCUACAGAAUGAAGUGACUGGAUGCAUUGCUAUUCCGCUUGAAUGGCAUGCUGUUCUAUCGCAGGUUAUCCCCCAGGGAUUUGUUAGUAGUCGCCUAGAAUAUUCUGGCACUGUGUGUUGACCCUUGGGCGUGAAUUCGGGCCAGUCAAGGCAGAUUCCCACAUGCUAAUCAUCAGCCAGCUUUGUCCUCGCCAUCAUAAUCCUCUGAAUAAAACUUUGAUUAGCUUAGGAGAAAGCUCUAUAAAAGAGUCUUAGAGGCGCAACUAAGUAAAGAAGUUGGCGGCAAUUGCGCGCACUACUGCUCACAAGAUGCCUUGCCUGCUGGCGAAGAUUGUUUCACCUACACACUUUAUUCUAAAUAACUCCUCUUACUUAGGUUUAAGCAGAAUUCAGCAAACUGUGAGGGAGGUCCGCGCUGGUCUGGCUUCUAAGCAGGAUGAGAAAGCUGCACUUGCUCAGAGAGAAGAAAGUACUAGCUUCGUAGAAAGCGAGAAUGGUGAAAGUCUCGAGGAUUUACUUCGAACAUUACACCAGCAAAUACAAAACAGUGACUGGCUGAAGGAAAAUACCGCUGAAAAGUGGAUGGAGGAAAAUCCUGAACUGGCUAAAGCCUUUUUAAAGCAAAACGACGAGAAAUAACAAGCUAAAUGAUUUUAUUAAAUUGCCAGAAAACCGCCAGAUAAGUUUUCCUUUCAGAAAGUUACCAAACGAUAUCUUCAGGGAGGGAUAGGUGGAGAAUCUAUAAUCAAGAGCAAUGGUUACCUUUCGACAUAAAUAACGAGCAGUCUCAUCUUUCUGGCGAAAUCCGUCGAGUAAGUAAAAAAAAAAAAAUCAGCGAAAAAAUAAAUUGAUGUUAGCGCGGAAUUCCCAGGGUGAGAUAUGACGCGCGAACAUCCAUUUUUGUUGAAUUUUUUUGCCUCGCGCGACGUAUUUCGCCUUAAAGGAGGCGCUGAUCGUGGUCUUCUUUUGACACGGCUGUACAAGUCAAUGCGAAUAUCUCUCUUUCACAAAAGAGAGCACCUGAAUUUUAUUGAAAUCAUUUUCUCACUUAUUUCACAAACCCUGCCGAAGGACAGAGAGGAAAAUGGCC